AAAUAGUUGCAGUACUUAAGGCGCGCAGACGACUCAAGCAACUAACUGCCACUCUGCGGAGUUAAAACAAACUAUUUCUGUAUGGGAAAUGAAUCAGCAAAUAAUGAGGUUUGGAAACCAGUCAUGUGCCAAGUCAGUGGCAAAUACAAAGCCUUCAAAAGCAACACUGCUCCUCCUGUCGUUGUAAUCGAGCACAGUUGUUUAGUAGUGCGUGGACACGAAUGGAAACUUGUUGUCAAAUGUCGAACACCAUCAAGUUACCAAGAGAGAAAUACUACAAACUCGUGCGUUUGGAGAGAAGUGAAUGAGGUUGUUCCAGAUGCCAAAGUAGAGCAGAAACAUAACGACAUUCUUGUGACUCUUCCUCAACUGAAGGAGGACAUUGAAAUUGCAGCUUUUGGAAUUCCAGGAACAGAAGACCAGAAACGAAUGAAAAUGGCAAUCUUUGGAAAAAAGCCGACCCAAGGAAGGGACUGGAAAUUAAAGGUUUAUCUCAUAGAUGACUCGACUAUAGCUUUUAAGAACGUCUGCGACAAAGAGGAGAGUUUUGGAAACAACUUGUUAACAACCCUUGCUGGUUUAUUUGUGUCAAACAGUAACGAAGAUAUCAGAAUUGAAAUCAACCCCAUUGAAACUGGAUGGAAAGUCAAAGGAAACAAAGUCCAGAAGAUUACAGCAAGAGAUGCCUGGCACUCGCUUGAAAAUUCUACAGGCUUUCCUCAUUGCCAAUUUAACAUCGAGCAUGUCAGCAAAUCGAAGCAAGCAUUCUUUUGUGGAAUAACAGCAUCGCACGGAAGAGAUCAGGCGAACACAGAACUAGUGGCAUAUUUUGAACAGAAGAGAAGCAGAGGAGAACUCAACCAACCUUCUAGAGCACUACAGACACUGAACAACACCACCCUCCAUGCGAAAAAUGAGAUAAACACCUUAGAACUGAUGUUAAUCUUAGUCACUGCUCCUGUGGCCCGAGAAUGCAAAAGCACACGUUUAAAAGAGAUGAGCUCCUUGGGAAUGAUGUUCAUCUUGGUAACAGCUCUUGUGGCCCGUGAACUGCGCAAAAGUACACGUUUAAAAGAAUCAGCCGGCCUGCAUGUCAACGUUUGUUGCGAAGAAAGACGGUCUAUAUUCUAUAAAGCUGCCACCUAAACCUAAUCAAGACAUUCCGAGAAAACAAAGUGGAAAUUAAUAAAUAUCGGAACGAAUUCCUUAUCAGUUACAAUAUAGAUACAAAAUCAUUUCGUUUUACAAUUGUCUUAGUUGCCAGUCAAAACUUUUAUUAUAAAUUUUUUGAACAAAAGAUAUAGUGAAUAACUUAUUACCAACGAUUGGUAUUUGUCUGAGACAAUUUUACAAAAAAAAAAAAAAAAAAAAAAAAUUGACAGAACUGACUGCUACCCUCUCUCGAGUUUUUCGGAACUAAAGAAAUACUCUAACUCAGUUUUAAGACUCACUAAGUGAGAAUGAUAUAUUAAACGUAAACACGCAGUGGAUUAUGCGAUAAACCAAUGCAUUCCAGUUGAGAUUUUGACUUACAGGCGUUCACAAUUCUUAUCUUAUUUUAUUUGCAUUUACGUAGAGUGAAAGCAGUGUUAGGGACGUUUUUAAUUUGUCUAAAAUAAAUAACAAGUCAUCGACAGUGACAUUGAGAAAAGCCAUUACAAAAUGAUCAAUACCUUGUCUACGAGAGUUGGUCAGUUUUGAGUAGAUUCAUUGCCAAAGAGGAAGGGCAAAAUGUCUUGCAUUAACAUCCGCACUGUUUCGUGACGUAAUAAUCUUUGUUUAACGUGGGUAGAAACACUAAGCUGAAGAUAGCUUACAGGUUUUCCACAAAAUUACAAGAUUUAAGUAACUAAAAACGUAAUGUUCCUCCCUGCCUCGAGCUCAGUUUAAGCGCAAUUCAUUUGGAAUCCCAUUCCAUUGUUUUACGGGGAAAAACUUAAAAGAGUUCAAUUCAUGCUUUGUGGUAUUUACUUUUGGUAGCGAUAGCAUAUUAUUUCCCCUUAAAUCAAAAUUAUUAUUUCUUACUUUAACAAGUUCCUUGAUGCAUGUGGGGGCGCGCGUUGCCUUGGAAACAGGCGUUUAUGGUUGUUAACAUGUCCUGGACACGACUGUUUUCUUGCGUGGUUUUCUAAACUUACUCGCUUUAGCAGUUAAUGAUAUGUUGAUAUUUUUUCUUUGAAGCAUGUCUUAAUGCACGUUCAUUUACUUUUUCUAUUUUCUCUGUGUUUCUCGAGCCACAAUGAUGCCAUAUCUGACUGCAGUAUUAAAAAUGAGGCAGAGCAAACGCUCGAUACAAUAAUUCCUUAACUCUGCACGGAAGAAUGUUUUCAAGCCUGUUUAGCGCCUGAAGCUCUCGCACCUAAAAAGCUGACUGACAUUUAAAGCAAGAACCAGGUCACCUGCCUGGAAGUUAAUUUAGAUCCCUCAUUUGCAAAGGUAAAAACAUUAAGAACUGAACAAUUCUUACGUUCUACUUUUUCUGACUAGUGAAGCGACUGACUAGUGCAAAAUGAACUAAGAAAAAAAAAUUUUGUUUUUAAAAGCCCUUUCAAGUGAUCAUUCUUAACCCACUGGGGGGAGUUAUGAUACAACCAGAAGUAAAUGUCUUUUGUGUCCACACUUUUUUGACGAAUUGCAAUUUCUCGAUAAAAAAGGAAACAAUUUAAGUUAUAUUGAAAGCAGGGAUCCUCAGAGAUUUCAGCUCUUCCCGUUAGGGGUAAUAAAAUAUUUUCUCACUCAAA